UGUUGCACACAGGCUUCCAUAAGACCUAACUUUAGACCAAUUAUCACGAUUUACUCAAUCGUAUCAUAGUCGCCUACAGCAGUGAUUGGCGGAUCUCUCAUCUGCUGCACAAAUCAUCGACCAUGUCGCAACCAUUUACCAGAUCUUACGCAGACAUGGCGCGUAGCCUCGAGGGUCGCCCAUCUGCGGAAAACACCACGGGUACUCUUGCUUUCAGCGUGAAUCGGAAGAACAGCGGCACCUCAAAUGAAGGUGCUCAUCGCGGGUCUAUUGGUUUCGAGGAGCCUAUCCGGGAUCAUUCUGCCGAUUUGGCAAGACCGCGCAAUGCAUCACCACAGCCUUCUUUCAGGCGGCCUUCCAUUGCACAGGUACUCGGCAGAAGAAUCUCCAGGUCAUCUCAGGCCUCUGGCUCCACACCGGAUCCAUCGUCUUCAUUUAACUUAGCAGCUGUACAAGAGCACGAGGAUGGCAUUCCAAGAACUUCGAGGAAAAAGAGAAGAUCCAGACCCAAGAACCGCCGCAGAAGAUCGUCAAAAACACGAGACCAUGGAGAUUUCCACGCCUAUCAUGCACAGGCACACCCUGUCAAAACCCCGAAUGCUCCAGACGAAACGGCUCUGCAAGUUGCCAUUAAGGAUGGCGAUGUCAAUCGUGUAGAGCAACUCUUGUCGGACGACCCGACUAUCGAUGAUACAUCCAGCAAUCCUCUUCAUACUGCAACAUUAGAAGGGAGUGAAGAAAUUGUCAACUUGCUGUUGGAGUCGGGUAAUUUUGACGUUGAUGCUCGAGAUUCCAGGGACAGAACAGCUGUAUAUUGUGCCGCUUCAAGAGGCCACGACUCCAUCGUGAGGAUCUUGCUCAACAAUGAAGCAAAACCGUUGUCGCCUGACGAAGAGAGGAUCGCGAAAUUAGAACUAGGAAGAUGGCAUCUAUACGAUCGCGAGGCCCAGAUUAAUCAUCACGAGAACACAACUUCUCAACGGGUUCAGACUUUCGCAGGUGCCGAAAUGACAUCAGAGCCUGAGGAGAACACAGGUGAGGAUAUAAAGCCGACUCAAUCAUCCUCUCCGGUUCCUAGCAGAGAUGCGUUGAAAGAUGUCGAUCACCUUUUCAGGUUGAUUGUUGGAAGUGCCGAGACUAUCAAAGAGAAGGUGGAGGAAACGAAUGAUGAACGACGGGCCGCCCAGCAGAGAGGAGAAUGGGUUCCAGGCCCCUUACAAAAUCUACUUGCAAAUCUACCUCUUCCAAACCCUCAAAAGGAAAUUGGAACUCAGCAGAAACAUGUCCGAUUCCCGGGAUUUGGCUUCGAGAUUCCAGUCGUUGAAUUCGAUUUCCGUCCCAAUGGUGGCCAUCGGAUCGUCUCGCCCUCGCCAUCCCUCGACGAACUUUUGUACGGUUCUCAGGGGGUUGCCUCCAUUGCGAAAGGUUCCGGUGCCGCCUCUUUAGCAACUUGUAGAUGGUAUCACAUUCCAGCUAAUCAUCUUGGAUGGGCUGAGGAUUUGAUUCGCAGAAUCUACGAACGGCGCAGUCCAGAUGAACAGAGAAAGCGAGAUUUGAUUCUUUCUCGAGAGCCCUUCAAGAUUGUUCAUCAAGACCACACACAUCCAGUUUCGUUGGAACCUCGCCCGCAGUCUCGUGCGCUAAGAGCAUUCUGUCGAAACAUGACACUGGAUAGAGAUGGAACCCAAAGGUUGUCAAGUGCAUUGGCUUUACACAUACCUUUCGUCCAUUGGGAAACGGAAGAGAAUAGGGCUGAGAUGAAUUAUGUAAUGGAGACAGUUCGGCUGGGCCGAAAAAACGAUCUCGAUAACCUCGACAGCCCCGAGCAGUCACACAGAAGCAUCCCGGACUUGAAGGCCAUACAGGAGAACCCAAAUUGGAGCAAGAACGAAAAGAUGCUAUGUGCUUACCUCUACAAUCAACCGCCGGUCCAUCCUCGACGCACGCUUGAUCAAUUCUAUUAUCACAUGCUUGAGGAUACCAAGGAGCGCGAUCAAGACCAGGUCAUAACCAGAUAUUAUCAUAACGUCUGGAAGCGCAAUCAUCAGGCACCAGUUGAUGAGGAGGAGUACGACUUCGCCAUGCCCGCCGCCGAAGAACACGAUUACUCUUUUCAUCUCGACAAUAUCAGGGAUGACGGACCAGCUUUUGAACAUCGAGAUGCCUCCCUUGAAAGUCAUGAUACCGGAGAUUGCCUAUCACCAAUGGCAAUCCAAUCUGGACUCUCAAGGCUGCCUAGCAACACGCCAAGCAGUGAGAACAAAGAACCGCGAUUCGUUAUGAUGGUGGAUCAAUUGUGGCUUUGGAUCUUGGAUGACAAUACUAUUAUAACAAGCUUUCCCCAGAAUUGGAGUCGUGAUGACGAAAAGGCGAUCAGCGAAGAGGACUCAAGAGACGUCUUGAACAGCAUUCAUAAAUACUUGACCUUCGUCAACAGACCUCCGCUAGAGUCAGUGUAUGAUCUUGCGCAGCUGAUCGUGUACAAAUGUCUCGAGACAUUUUGCAAACGACGCACCCCAUACGGAGUGAUGCAGAUUCUUGAUGUGUAUGAAAGUGCCAUUGCUUCAGUGACCGAUAGAGAGACGAAAGUUUUCAACAAAUUCGCUGCAGAGUCGAAGAAGAAGCGCUCGACACACCAGGAUCCUGAAGCACCGAACGAUUCGCAGGCAUUAUACAGCAUUGAUGAAGAGAUUGAACUCUUGAAAGAGGUCAAAGACAUCCAAGACGAACUUCAUAUCCUUUUGGUGCUUCUCGAAACGCAGAGAACUGUACUUGAACAAGCUGCUCAAGCAAUGGCUAAACCGAGCGAGUUCCAAGAUUUCACGCCAAAAUCCCCACGAAGCCAUGCUGGAACAACAGGGUCGAGUAAACCAGGCCAAGAGGCACCAUACAGUUCGUCGUUUCAUUUUGGAAAGUUGCAUCAAAUGGUGGAUGAUCAGGAGAAACGACGUAAAACUCUUCAAGUUCAGGCCGAGCACGCCAACAAAGCACUCACUCACCUCCUGGACUUAAAGCAGAAGCAAGCAAACGUUUCUGAAGCCAGAUCGGCACGCUGGACCGCAGAAUCUACCAAACAACAGGGGAAUAUCAUGGUUUUGUUCACCCUCGUGACAAUCAUCUUCGCUCCUCUCUCCCUUAUCGCCACAAUCUUCAGCCUCAGAAUCGUAGAGUUUCCCUCAGACUUGCACUUGAAGUUCGUCUUCGAAUACAUGUUUGGCAUCUCCAUAGCAAUCAUCUUCCCAAUGGUGCUCCUGGUCAUCUACACAACCCGUCUCUCGAUCACCAAAGUCAUCGUCCGACUUGAGAAGCGCAUCGUCAACUGGAAAUGGUUCCACAAGAUUCGCUGGGAGAGGCAGAAGAAAGAUAUGAAGAAGCGUUGGGAGGAGAACGACGGCGAUUAUGCGAGUAGUAGUGGGGUUGCGGAGGAGAAGGAGCAGGCGAAGAAGAGAGUCCCGUUUUGGAGGAGGCAGGUGGUGAAAGAGACGGUAAUUGUUGAUGCGGAGAAAGGAGUGAACGGCAAGUCUGGAGGUUGAUCUUCUUGGUUUUAUUUCACGUGUUUGUUUCAAUAUACACAGUCGGUUGAAGUCGAGACUCCGGUUCAGUUACGGAAUGAUUGAAGUUUGCGAAGAGUGUUUCUUUUACCUCAAGGACUUUCUGUUGCGUUAACUUCUCCUUGCUGUCUUUCGAGAUCCUCGAGUUUAUUUUCAACGCAAUUCCAAUACUCA